AUGAAUAACGACAAUGGAACCUCUCAAGAUACUCAAGACAGUUUACCGAACCCUUUUGAACGAUAUAUGGACCCUAGUCCUGUUGUUCAGCAGCCAAAUAACCUUGGGAUUUACGUACACGAACCAGGAACUGAGCCGACGAACAGGCCUCUAAGUAGAAUCGACGAAGAGCGGAAAACGCCUGUGACUGAAGUAGUCCCGGACCUCAACGCUCCCUCAGACGCUACUUUGGCUGCUGUCCCAGGCGAGGAACCGAAGGACCGGGUCGCGAUGGAUGAAGCUACUACCGACGCACCCGCUACUGCACCCACCAGACCGAAGGCGGGACGAUUAGCUUCCGUAGCUUCGUUGAGACCCAUACGCUCUUUGCUGAUGCAUCGUCGGCGCUCUUCUGCCGUCGCCAAAAACAUUGAAGACGUGAAUAUCCGCCGGACCUUCAUCCUCAAACUAGCAAAGGCGCUACUUCACUACGGUGCCCCGUCCCAUCGAAUCGAAUCCCAAUUACAGGCUGCAUCGGAAAUCCUAGAUGCCCAAGCAGAAUUUGUACAUCUUCCGAAUAUCCUCAUCGUCACCAUACGAAAUGGCGAGACCAAGUCCAGUAGAACUCACUUCGUCCGCGCUAGAGGACGCGUCGCAUUGUCUUCUCUCCACAAGGUUCACCUCAUAUAUCGGGACGUUCUUCAUGAUACCAUUACCGCGGCUGAAGGAACAGUGGCACUCAAAGAGUUGUUAAGACGACCUCCCAUCUACCCUCUGGCUGCUCGAUGCUUUCUCGCCUUUCUAUGUGCAUCGAUCAUCUGUGUUCUAUCUUUCGGUGGCUCGAUCAUCGACAUGUGGAUCAGUGGCCUCUGUGCGUCUCUUCUUCAAUACUUGGGUUUGACGGCAGCCAACAAAAGUGCAAUGUACGCUAAUGUAUACGAGAUAUCAGUAUCCAUUGUCGUUGCGUUCGUUGCAAGAGGCCUGAGUAGCAUCAACGGGAAUCUGUUUUGCUACAGUGCGAUUUCUUCUGCAGGGAUUGUGGUCAUUUUGCCUGGCUUUACCAUUCUGAUAAGCGCUUUGGAAUUGAUGUCGAAGAACAUUUUCUGUGGUUCUGUUAGGGUCGUGUAUGCAAUCAUCUAUACCCUCUUCCUAGGAUUUGGUCUUACCAUUGGCUCCGACUUCUAUCUAUUGGUCGACCGGCGGGCUCGUCGGGGAUAUUAUCGCAGCGCUCUGCCUACCAAUCUGACAUAUUCCCAAGGGCACUUCUCUUUCUUCGAUAGCGGAAAUACCUCUCAAGUAAUUAGCGGUGUCCUCGGUAUCGGUGAGAUGCUGGAACAAGAGCAUGUCUUCAAAGGAUGCUAUCGGGACGACUCUUGGCCUUGGUAUAGACAGCCCUUCCCCUGGUGGACCAUGCUCUUUCUGGUACCACUGUACUCGAUCUGUUCGUCUCUCUCGAAUCUGCAGUCCUAUCGCAGCAUACAACUCCCGGUCAUGGUCAUCUUUUCCUGCUGCUCUUACACCGCCAACAAAGCUGCUGCGCUCGCUGUACCUGGUCGGACCGACUUGUCUUCUGCCGCUGGAGCUUUCGCUAUCGGUGUCUUAGGCAACCUCUACUCGCGGAUCAUCGGUGGGACUGCCUUUACUUCUAUGGUUACGGGCGUCUUGUUUCUGGUCCCGAGUGCUAUUGCCCAAGGAGGGGGAUUGGCUCAGAACUUCCAUAGUUCGGCGGAACAAUACUACUCCGGCUUUACUCUGGCACUUCGCAUGAUCUCCGUCGCGUCCGGUGUCACCAUCGGUCUCUUUGUCAGCCAGGUCCUGGUAUAUACGUUAGGAAGAAGGAAAAACGUCGCCCAUUUCGCAUUCUAA